AUGAACAUUUUCAGGGAUUCCAGGAGACAUGAUCGCUUUUCACUUAUUCAGCGCCCGUGUACUAUCGAAGAAGAAGAAGUGACCUUCUCAGAGGAGGAAGAUGACAGCGUUGAAAAAGACCAGAAGGUUCCACAUUGGUCACCGUCUCGAAAGUUCAAUGAAGGCAGACGGCUCCCUCCAGCCAGGAACAUGAAGGGCUUAUCGGGCAGCCGUUCCCAGCACCAGAUCCCUUUACCCUAUGGCUUGGACUAUGACCCCCACGUCCAUGACCUCCACCCUCACCAUGGCUCUGACUCCCGCCACUCGUCCUACCUGCUCAGCCCCACAGAGAGCUGCCCCAUGGACUUCCACCACCGCUACUCGCCGCGCAGCUCCAUCCACUCGGACUGCAUGAUGAUGUCCGGCGUCAUGAUGCCUCCUGCUGCAGCAUCUGACCACAUCUCCAGCAGCACCUUCCCCAGAAUGCACUACAGCUCUCAGUAUUACGACUCAGCCACACGGGACGACUGCGCUGCCAUCACAGCCUCAGCCACAUCUCCAGCCGUCGCUGCUGCUGCAGCCGCCGCCGCCGCCUCCUCCCAUCUCUCCGGCACCAAGAGCAACCGCCUUCCUGCUAACCUAGUCGACCAGUUUGAGAAACAAAUGCCGUUACACCGCGAUGGCUUCCACACCUUACAGUACCAGCGCACCCACACCACCACAGAGCGCAGCGAGAGUCCUGGCCGCAUCAGACACCUUGUUCAUUCUGUCCAGAAGCUAUUCACCAAGUCCCACUCCCUGGAGGGAUCGUCUAAGAUGAAUGGCACAAAGGGUGAUAUCAUGGGAGGUGGAGGAGGAAGUUAUCACCAUCAUGGCCACCACUCCACCAAACACGGUAGCAAGAGGAGCAAGAGCAAAGAACGAAAGAACCGUUCUGGCGGCUGGUGGAGCUCAGAUGACAACCUCGAUAGUGACAGCACUUACCGCACACCCAGUGUCAUGUCGCGGCACCACGGCGAACCCGUCAGCCACUACUACCCAGAAUCCACGCACAGCCACCACUUUGGAGACCUGUCACUCAAGACCUCUAAGAGUAACAAUGAUGUCAAGUGCAUGGCCUGCGAGAGCAUGGCCAUGGCGCCCGAGGGCAAAUUCAUGAAGAGGAGCUCCUGGUCGACACUGACAGUCAGCCAGGCCAAGGAGGCGUACAGGAAGUCAUCGCUAAAUCUCGAUAAGCACUCGGACCUCAAGUCAUCGCGGACAUGUCACUACCUGCAGGUGCCCCAGGAUGAAUGGGCUGGAUACCCAGGGGAUGAUGAGAUCCCGUGUCGGCGGAUGCGCAGCAGUAGUUAUGUCAAAGCUAUGGGAGAGGUGGAAGAUGAAAGUGGGGAUUCUGACGCCAGCCCUAAGACCUCCCCACAGAAAGCCAUUCGGCCAGAUGCUCUCGUCCUCAAAUCAGCCAUGCAGAGACCCCAUCUAGACUCCCAAAGCCAGGGCUACCACUUGCAAACAAGAGAAAUGCGACCCCACCCUAGUGUCACGCUGGACCCUGCCUCCUUUCACCCCCCACCCUACCGCUCUCGCAACCAGAGCUACAUGCGCGCCGUCAGCACCCUCAGUCAGGCUAGCUGCGUCAGCCAGGUGAGUGAGACUGAGAUCAAUGGCCAGUUUGAGUCAGUUUGCGAGUCCGUUUUUAGUGAAGUAGAAUCCCAGGCCAUGGAAGCCUUGGACCUGCCUGGUUCGUUCCGCACUCGAAGCCACAGUUACCUCCGUGCAAUUCAGGCUGGUUAUUCCCAAGAUGACGACUGCUUGCCUUCAAUGACAUCCUCCACUGUCACUUCAACUCUCAGAUCCACAACAGGCAUCCGUAGCUUAGCUGGGGGGCGUAGAGAGUACGGUAGGUCUGGGAUUCAGUUUCGUCUCCCUUCUUCCUGUAGUGUGGACCGCGCUCAGCCACCUCCAGUGGUAUCAUAUCCUCCCAGUUACAAGAAGACUCCACCUCCUGUGCCCCCGCGCACCACCACCAAGCCUCUUAUCUCUGUGACAGCCCAGAGCAGUACAGAGUCCACCCAAGAUGCCUACCAGGAGGGCAGGCAUCCACAGGGCGGUCUGUGGACCACGGACAGCCUCGGACGUCCCAUCUACAGCACCAUGGGCUCCGUGGACAGCCUGGACAGCACCAAGGCAGUCACCAUGGCCAUGGAGUCAGCAGCAGGCAAGAGGCAUGCAUCUUUGGGCAGCCACACUUCCGUCCAGACAUGCGAUAAAGCAGUGCUGGUGUCCAAGGCUGAGGAGUACCUCAAAACCCCACGCUCAUCUAUCGGGAUACAGGUGGAAACUGCGACAGACUCCGAGACUGAAAGUAAAGGCCUUCCUCAGUUCCAUUCGAUAGGGAUCCAGGUGGAGGAUCACAAACGGCAAGGGAGGUUCAAGCGCUCCAACAGUGUGACCACUGCAGUACAAGCUGACAUGGAGUUGGAGGGCUUUCCCUCCAUGGAGGACAAGGGCCUGCAGUUCGGUGGAGGCUUCGGUCGCCACUCUGAGCCCAGCACGCCCACGCAGUACGGGGCUAUCCGCACGGUGCGCACACAGGGCCUGUUCAGCUACAGGGAGGACUACCGGCCCUCCAGCGGGCACUCCAGCCCGCAGCCUGAACCCUGGCUGGUCCAACCCAGUCUGGAGAGCACCGAGACGGGCCGGGUGUCCCCCCUCCGCAGGGACGGCAGCUGGUUCAUGCAGCUCCUUCACAAUGAAACCAAGCGGCUGGAGGGAUGGUGCAAAGAGAUGGAGAGGGAAGCAGAGGAGCAUGACCUGACGGAGGAGAUCCUAGGAAAAAUCCGGAGUGCGGUGGGAAGUGCUCAGCUACUAAUGUCUCAAAAGUUUCAGCAGUUUUACUGGCUAUGUCAGCAGAAUCUGGACCCCAGUGCCAUGCCCAGACCCACCUCUCAGGACCUGGCUGGGUUCUGGGACCUCCUGCAGCUCUCCAUCGAUGACGUCACUGCCAAGUUUGAUGAGCUGCAGCUGAUCAAGAGCAACGGCUGGCAGCUGGUGGAGAGCCCAGAGAAGCAGGAGCUGAAAUGGCCGCCACCUCUUCUAAAGCGGCAACCAUCAAAGGGCCGAGGUGGCAUCAUGCGGGAACGCUCUCUGGACCUUCAGGACCGCCAGCGACAGGAAGCGCGCAGACGCCUCAUGGCCGCCAAACGAGCAGCUUCUUUCAGACAGAACUCAGCCACAGAGAGGGCAGACAGCAUCGAGAUCUACAUCCCAGAGGCCCAGACACGGCUUUGAGGUCCACAGAUUCACCUUUAGCCCCUGUUGUCCACUUCCACCCAACACCAGCUCGUGGAGUCACAUCCAGCCUGCUGUCACCAUCCGUCACUGUUCGUCCACUCUCUCUUCACCCGUCGCCAUUCUCUUGGUUGUCACUACUGAAGCUACACUAGGCAAGAGUUCAGUUGUAAAUGUAUAAUUUUGUAUCAGCUUAAGUCACAAUGUGGCACUGCCAUAGGAAAAGAACGCCCCAUCUUGCUUGAAAAAGUAUUAAUACAACAUUUAAAACAAAUCUCAA